UAAAGUAUACGUGUUUGGAGGCUGCGAGGAGGAUCCCUCAGUCUGGGCAGAGGUAUUCGACCCAAAGUUGCAAACUUGGAGUAGAGUUGUUAUCCCGGACCAGCUGAUGAUGACAGAGGCUAGGAAGGUGGUGCAGGGGGAGGAGACUUUACUGUGUCCUGCAACUUUCCGAGGGUACAAGGUUUAUGGAAUGAUUUUAAUUAUUGUGCAACAGAUAGAUUGUUAUACUGUAUGCAUGCCGACGGGUAUAUAAUGUGGUGUGACCCUCUGAGCGGGGUAAGGCAAGGGGCCAUGGUUUGGAGGAAUGUGUAUGGUUUAAAUGCUCUGAAACCCUUUUUAUCCAUUUUUUCCGAUCCCGAUUCCAGUUUGAUCUCUUUCCGUGGGGACUUGGCGGAUGUGUGGCAGUGCUAUUUGCUCAAUCAUGGUCACAGAAACGGCCUCUUAGGCUUCAUGCCGGACAACAAACUCCUCACCUCUUCUCGUGGCAACAUUCUCGUCUUCUGGGACCUGCUCGUUGCUGAUCCCAAGACACUGGAGAUUUGGUGUGCUGAGAUUUCGAUGCAGAUGUGGGAAGGCGACAUUGGGGGAACGUCCUCUGGUCCGAUGCUGUCUUCUCCACUUCCCCCCACCUUGGCUUCCAGAUUCCAGUUCAGGAUGGCCUACCAUUGCCAAAAUAGCUCGUGGAUCUGGUUAUACAUUCUGGAAUGGUUGAUGACACUGAUCUGGCGUUAUUUGAGCAACGUGCACACGGUGAUUUUGACACACUCCCCAGUCUCCUUGGCAGUGUAUAUCAGCAACCUGUUGGAUCAAAUGGUGAUGAAGGAGGAAGUAGUAAGAAAAGAGGUAACAGUCAUGCGGGAGUCUCUCUAACCAAGGAGGUAAAACAAAGUCCGAUCAGGAGCACGAAAGGGUAUUCCAUUUUCUGAGGAUGAUCUCAGGUGAUAUUUGUUUAUUUAUAGCUAGUCAUUUGCUGCUUCUUCUCAUUCUUUUAAUAUUAUUUCCAUGUUUAUUCUGUGUGUCUUCAUUGUGUUCGAGAACAUUGACAGUAUCUCUCUAGAGACAAUUUUAGGUACUCUUGGGUGUCUAAUUUUGUGAACUUUUGAGAAGUCCAGAGUUUUCAAAGUCAUACUGUACUUA